UGUUGUCUGGUCCACAGCUCACGCCACAUACUGUCCAGUCCAGACAUGCCAGCUUCACCAAGCUGGCUUUCAUCUCAUUCAUUCAUCAAUAGUCCAAGAGUCCAAGAAAGCCAAUACUUGUAUCUCCAUUCUAUCUUUAGUUCCCUUUAUGGCCCAUACCUCUCGUGCUUUAUCUCUUCAUUAUCUGUGUGUUCUUCCCCAUAUCACUCACCCUUCCCUUCCCUCUGCAUAUCUCCGGUGCUGGCUCAUUUAUCUUUAUAACUCUGGUUUGUUCUGACAGUGUUGCACUAACCUGCAGGAUGUGUUUGGGGGUUCAUUGUGUCCACAGGCUGUUUCCCAAUACCAUGGUCCAGAGCAUCAGUGAGUGGUUGUGGUGGGAACGCCUGUGGCUCCCAGCUAACCUGAGCUGGUCAGACCUGGAGGACAGAGAUGGUCGGGUUUACGCCAAACCCUCGCACCUGCACGCUGCCCUGCCCUAUGCUUUUGUCCUGCUCAUCAUCAGAUACCUGUUUGAAAGGUACAUAGCCAUCCCUCUGGCUGGACUGUUGGGGCUCAGGGAUAGGCUACAUCUCACAGCAGAACACAACCCCCUCCUUCAACACUACUUCCUCACCCAAUCACAAACCCCGACACAGGGGAAUGUGAGGGCUCUGUGUAAGAAGACAGGGUGGUCCGAGAGGCGUGUCAACAUUUGGUUCAGGAGGAGGAGGAACCAGGACAGACCAGGCCUCUGCAAGAAGUUCUGUGAAGCCAGCUGGAGGUUUGUGUUUUACCUGAGUGCGUUUGUAGGAGGACUGUUGUCUUUAUAUGAUAAACCAUGGUUUUAUGACCUAAGGGAGGUUUGGGCUGGUUUCCCUAAACAGUCAAUGCUGACAUCUCAGUAUCGGUAUUACAUGGUGGAGAUUGGUUUCUACUUUUCUCUACUUCUCAGCCUCACAUUCGAUGUUAAACGUAAGGACUUCAGAGAGCAGGUCAUUCAUCAUAUAGCCACGUUGACUCUGUUGGCAUUCUCCUGGAGUUCAAACUAUAUCCGCGUUGGAACUGUUGUCAUGGUGCUGCACGAUUCCUCUGAUUGGCUGCUGGAGGUAGGUAAGAUGUUUAACUAUGCCAAGUGGGAGUGGACCUGCAACAUUGUGUUUGUGCUGUUCACUACAGUCUUCAUGGUGACACGACUCAUCAUCCUGCCCUUCUGGGUGAUCCACUGCACUUGGGUGUAUCCUUUGGAGCUUUACCCCCCAUUCUUUGGCUACUACUUCUUCAAUGCCAUGCUGCUGCUGCUGCAAAUGCUACAUCUCUACUGGGCCGCGCUGAUAGUACACAUGUUCUACAAGUUACUCACCAACAGCUUUAAUGGGGAUGACAGAAGUGAUCAAGAGGAAGAAGACUCAACAGAUACCUCUGAGAAGGACAACCACAAAAGACACACUAAUGACCCUGGAGCCAGAGUCACCAGGCACUAAGAUAGAACAGCGAAGCACCACCCAUAGAUAUGGAGAGGCCAAACACUCAGACCUAGCCCAGGGGGGCUUUUUUUUUUACGAAGUAAACUGAAUGGGCCCACUUUUUAGGUCAUUUAGUACAUUUAGUCAUUUAGCAGACACUCUUAUCCAGAGCGACUUACAGUAAGUACAGGGACAUUCCCCCGAGGCAAGUAGGGUGAAGUGCCUUGCGUUGGACACAACGUCAGUUGGCAUGACCGGGAAUCGAACUGGCAACCUUCGGAUUACUAGCCCGAUUCCCCCCUCACCGCUCAGCCAACAGACUCCCUACACUUUAGUACACUUUAAAGUACACUUAGUGUAUUUGAGGUUUACUUUUGAAUACUGUAAAGUAGCCUGUGUAGUGCACUUUCAGUUCAUGAAGUAUACUUCCUAAAGUACUUCAAAGUAUACUUUGGAAUACUUUCAAGCGCACUUUCAAUUAAUGUAAGUACUUCUAAAGUUAAAUGUCCAUUUACUAUGAUUUACUAAUAUAUUUACAUGUUUAGGGGCCCUUCAAACGCCGCCGAUCUUGCGUCAUUUGACGAGAACGGGGGCCCUCGCCAAGUGAUAUUGCAGAUUAUUAUCUGAAAAAAGCUAAUUACUGUGUAUCAGUGUUGCCAGUUACUUUGAAAAAGUUCUAUCCGUCCACUGCAAACACGUAUCAUAUUCUCAUGUAGGUUAGUUCAUGACAUGUGCACCAGCAGAUACUAUUUUAAAAGAAAUU